GAAUCCAUUAAAAUUGGUUCAAAGAUAAUUCGGUCGAAUGAAAUUUUUCCGCACUGUUUGUGAUAUUGUAAUGUGUCUAUUUCGAUCGAGUGUUGCAUAAAGUAGAACUCUGCGACGCUAUUCAAUUUUUUGUUCACAGAAGAGAGAGAACAAAUUGAAAAGAAAUUCUUGAAUUGAAGUAUUUGUAAUUGUUUUGGAGUUGUUUGUGACGGAAAUUGAUGAGUUUUGACGUCCGAGCAUCAUCUAUGACUGCAAUAUCUGCUGUUUAAUUACACAAUCUAUUUCUUUGUAAGACUGUUCACUAAAAAAGACCGCAUUAAUCAGAGAAUGGACAGACGCUAUUUACACAAGACGAACGGUCAGACGACUAGAAACAACAAGGAAAAUGUGAGCAGGGCUCGAGCCAAAAAUCGAGCGACACAUCAAGAUGCACAACGAGAAUUAGAGCCGGCAGCAGAAGUGGUAGAACUUCCCCAUUUAGAACGUCUGAAGCUGUGGUGCCUUGAAAGAGAUAAGAAAAAACAAAUGGCACAGCAGUUGAAAAAGAGAUCAUCCGUUUCCGCUGUGGGUAGAGGGGUCUGUGGUUCAGAUAAAACUAACUAUUUAGAAUUGAACAAGCAGCGUAGACGAAAAACUGUGCCAAGGCAGAUGAAUGCUCAACAGAAUUUGCCAGUUCCUGGGCGAAAAGUGGUGCCAUCAUCUAGUUGUAAUAUUUCCGACCGACAAUCUCUGACCGAAGUUGUGGCUUCAAACAUCGAUGAUGCAACUGGUGAAUCGCCGGCCCAUACGGAAAUGUCUUCAGUGUUUAACGUCACUUUCGAGAAAGAUAAUUCAAUUGCAACGUCGGGCAUAAAAAGUGUCCACGAAGACCGCACCAGAAGUACUGACGAUGCUCGAUCCAUUCCUGCGUUAAACGUCACUUUCGAGAAGGAAAACUCUUUUAACAAAAACCAAACGUUUGAAGCAGACGAUCAAUCACCUUUAACCAUUGGCACUGUAAAAGCUGACUUUAGUUCAGAUACAACCACACCAAAGUUGUCAUUCAAUGUGGCGUUUGAAUCGUUGCCAAAAAAUGACGAUACCGACAGUAAACCUAAUAAGAGGCGAAAGACGUGGUCAAAAAGUGGCCAACUGGAUACAUUUCGCGAUCUGGAAUUGAAUCGUUCUGUUCAGGCAUCACCACCCGUUCCUCAGAAUCAAGAAGCUUCGAAAUAUUUCCGCUUCCGGGUGGACAAUGAAUGCAGGAACUUAAACGAUGUGGUUAAGUACUGGACUGAAUACAAAGAUCAACACGAUCACAUUGAUGGAACUCUUUUGGAUGCAAUUGAUGACGCCAUAGGUCAGUCUAAGCUACUUAUCGACCAGAAGUUUAAACAAUUUUUGGACUCAUGUGUAAAGUGCCAAAGUGAAACCAGUCAGCCACUUGUGCGGCCAAGCGAUCUCGAAAAUUUUUGGAGUACGUUGUUCGAGGAUGUGGAGGAAUGUAAUAGAAAAUUCCAAAAACUGACAGCUCUAGCACCGGCAUCGGAUGAUACUGACCAGACCAAAAUGGAGAAGAACAAAAAAGCGUCUGCAAGAUCAAGAAAAACCGACGUCACUUCUUCUAUGAGGACACUACGUCAGACACCAGUGAGACUUGCAUCUACAACUGCUCGUCGAAACAUACUGAGUGCUGAGACUCCUUCCAAAUCCGAAUCGUCACAAUCUCCAUCUGCACCGAAAUCCACAGUGGCUGAGCGCAGAACGAGCACUGACAAUCUGUCUGAAGAGCCGCAUAGUACUACGGAACCUGAAUCAUUAUCUUCGACGCCAAACAAUCGGAAAAUCACAACACUCAAAGCAACUGCAUCACUACGACGAUCGCAUCGCAGACUAUGCAGUGGUGCUGAGAAAUAAUAUUUUUGCUUUGUGUUUGCUCCGUGAGAGUUGUAGACGUUUCAAAUUAUGUUGGAAGUAAGAAUGGCA